UUGCUAAUGAUGUAUGUGAAACCAAAUAAAAAUAAAAACAAAGAAUAAGUAAAAUUCUAUGAAACAGGAGAAACAAGAAACAUCAGUCCCGUCCACAGUCAUCCAGAACCGUUCUCAAUAUUAAGCCUGACGACGACAACUAAACAAUAAGAGCCAGGGAAAAAGAUUCAGUGUUACGCAACCUGCAUCAUCAUAGUUAACUUCACUUUCUACUAGCUUUAUCGAGUAAACACAUUUUGUGCAAUCUUUGUAAUUCUAUCUUCGAUUUUGUUUAUUUCUUUUUCAAAAAUGUUGAGGGCUUAGAAUAAGUUCCGUUACCUGAUGGUGCAAAAAUAAGGAAAAAAUAGAAGAGUCGACGAGCUGUGGUCUUUCUAGAAUUGUUUACAGCCAGAACAUUAACUUUCAUUUAGGUUCCACUAAUUUAUGUAAGGCUCAAAAUAUAUGUUACAUUCGGUGAAUGUUAAUAUUCACUUUGCUUUACAUUUUAUUUUAGAAAGAAAGUUCAUAAGAACAUUUAUUUCCCAUUUUAUGCGAAAAGAGUGGUACACAGAUGGUGACUUUAUGGACUCAACCAAAUAAAAAAUCUCUUCCCCUCUGCUGCGAUUUGAAAUUUCAUGAAGAUGAAUAAUUUAUUUCUAGUAUUUUCGCUUAUAAGUCAACUAUUUCUCUGUCAAAUUUCUGCACACGACAUCCCACACCUUGCAUCACACACAAAUUCAACCUCUCUUAAUGAUAUAGAAUGGAUAGAAAGUACUUUAGAAGCUGAAAUACAAAAAUUACUCCUCACUUAUGUUCGUACCGAGCGACCAAGAAAUAAACUAUUAAUGAGUACUAGCAAUGUUUCAGAAGUCAAGUCUAAUCAAAAUUUGUACACAGGACCAUUGAUUGUUGAAGUCAAUACAUUUAUUCAUAGUUUCAGUUCAAUUAGUGUGGUUAACAUGGAUUUCACAGUGGACUUUAUGUUACGUCAGCGAUGGUUGGAUACACGACUUAAAAUUCCUGGCAAACAUAAAUUUACUCACCUGCCUAUAUCAUAUGCAAAGAAUUCAAUAUGGAUACCAGAUUUGUUUUUUCGUAAUGCUAAACAUGGAUUUCUGCAUGAUAUGACUACACCGAAUUACUUGAUUUGGAUUGAUUCUGAUGGUUUGAUAACAUUUAGUCAAAAGAUUUCUAUGAAACUGUCAUGUCAUAUGAUCUUGCAUACAUUUCCAUUUGAUACUCAACAUUGUACAAUGAAUAUUGGCAGUUAUGGUUAUUCGAAAAGUGAUUUAGACUUUCGUUGGUGGAAUGCAGAUGGAUAUGAUCAAUUCGGUACAAUACCAACGUCAAAUAAGUCGAAACAAAUGGCUGUACAAAUACGUUCUGGAUUAGAAAUUAAUGAAUUUGAUUUAUUAUCUUACGAGACAAACUACUGCAAUAUGGAGUACUCAACUACUGGACAAUUCUCAUGUUUAGAAGCUGUAUUUUACUUAAAACGACGUUUCGGUUUCUACCUUAUUUAUGCCUAUUUACCAUCACUUCUUCUUGUCAUCAUAGCUUGGCUGUCGUUCUUUGUGGAUUAUGAAGCUGUACCAGCACGAAUUUCCAUAGGACUACUGUGUGUUUUAGCUUUAAUAACACAAAGUGCAGCAAUCCUAACUCAAGUUCCACGUGUUUCUUAUACCAAGGGUAUUGACAUUUGGUUAUUUGUGUGCUUAGCGUUUGUUGUAAGUUCUUUGCUUGAAUUUGCCAUCGCCAACUCUUUGGCUAGAAAGAGAAUAAAACCUGCUACUUCAGACAUUGUAAAAUAUGUUGGGAAAGAUUGUAUGGUUUUAACUACAUGUGAUGCUUUAUCAGAAUUUCUCAGCAAACAGAAUAACCAGAUAACUAAUCGCAAUUCAAACGAUGACAAAAGUGAUUUAAAACCAUUUAAUAAUGAAACUGAAUGUUCACAAAGUUUAAUUAAUUCGCCUGAACUAAAUACCUCGAAAAGAAGUGAAGUUCGUUCAUGGGAUUCAUCACCCAUAAGUUGUCAUCAGAAACUGAUAACUUUGAGUUAUAAAAGCACAUCUUUAAAAAAACCAUCAGUUGAUAAAUCAUUCUUUUUAGAUCGUGCAUGGGCAAUUAUUUAUCCUAUUAUAUUUGGCAUAUUCAAUGCAAUUUAUUGGAUAUACUUUCUGAAGUAUCAGUAAAUGUUAAUAAGAUAGAUUUAAGCGCU